AGAAGAGGCUUUACCAAACAGACGGACCCCCUGUCGUCAAACCUUUUAGCUAGUAAGAGCUAGCUCCAUUAGCUAGCAGCCGUACAAUUUGAAGAGCUUCAAACAUCCACAUACCAUCAUGUCUUCAAGGACACUGCCGCUGCUCUUCAUCAAUCUCGGUGGAGAAAUGCUUUAUAUCCUGGACCAGCGCCUUCGAGCCCAGAACAUCCCCGCUGACAAGGCUAAGAAAGCUCCUAUACCUGCCUGGAUAGAGGAUGACAGAAGGAGAGUUAUGAAUGAUAUCAUCACCACAAUGUUCAACAAAAAGUUCUUGGAAGAGCUUUUCAAACCACAGGAACUUUAUUCCAAGAAGGCCCUGCGGACUGUGUUUGACAGGUUGGCCCACGCAUCCAUUAUGAGACUCAAUCAAGCUAGCAUGGACAAGCUGUAUGACUUGAUGACCAUGGCAUUUAAGUACCAGGUCCUGCUCUGCACUCGGCCUAAAGACAUCCUCCUCGUCUCCUUUAACCACAUGGAUGCAAUCAAAGACUUUGUGAAAGACAGCCCUAGCAUUCUCAGCCAGGUGGAUGAGACGUACCGACAGCUCAUAGAGAUGUAUACACCCUUAUCUAGUGGUGAAUUCCAGCUAAUCAGACAAACUCUUCUUAUCUUCUUCCAAGACAUGCAUAUAAGGGUGUCUAUUUUUCUUAAGGACAAAGUACAGAACUCUAAUGGCCGCUUUGUACUCCCCACUAGUGGCCCUGUGCCCUAUGGUACACAAAUCCCUGGAUUAAUAAGGAUGUUUAGCUGUACGGGUGAAGAGGUGAGCAGACUGCAGUUCAAUAACGGUGGAAACUAUACCUCACCUCUCCGGGAGGGAUCCUUUGAGAUUUUUGGAGACAGGGUCACCAAACUGGGCACAAACAUGUACAGUGUAAGCCGCCCUGUGGAAACACACAUGUCAGGUACAUCUAAAAACUCUGCUCAGCACACAAAGGUCAGUGCUGUUCCCAACCCCCUGGCUAAAGAGGAACUCAACCUGUUGGCCAGAUUAAUGGGAGGAUUAGAAGUUCAAAAACCUGGAAAUGCAGACAACGGCUUCCGGGUCAACCUCUUCGCUACAGAUGAGGAAGAAGAAGAGGCAUUAAUAUCAAGACCAGAUGAGCUCUCAUAUGGAGUCAUAAACAUCCAGGCAACAAAGGACCAGCAUGCCAAUGCUGAACUGGCCAAGAUCAUGGGAGAGUUUACAGAGUCUGGGGAUCAGUCUCCCAGUGCCAGCAGCAAAGGAGAUGACCUUCUGGCUAUGAUGGAUGGUCUGUGAUACGGUCAGCCCCCGGCAGAAAGGCCCACAGGGAUGGAGCAAAAUACACUGUUAACAGUCUGCUCUGACGUAGACCCGUCUGCUGUCCACACCUGCCAAACACUGCAGCGACCUCACAUGCAGCCACUACCUUGUCUUUGGGUGCUUUUAACGUGCAGAUGUAAUCAGGUGUCCCAGUUGGUUAAAUUUCCAACUGCUAAUGCGUAGUUCACAACAGAGGAUGUGUGGUGAGCUGAGCUUCAGGCUAUAAUACCCUGCAUUAGUACGUUUCCUGUAAACUGAGAGUUUCAGUGAAUCAAGACAUACAGUAGGCAUCAGUGUGUUGAACAUGUGUCUGUGCUGUUUCAGUAAUGUCAACAUGUUGCAUAUUUGAACUGUCACUUCGACUGUGAUGACACACUAUCACUUUUCUCACAGCUCGUUUCACUUUAAUGUUGAUAACGCAUCAGUUUCAGAUCAUCUUCAAACACUCCAAAUGUCCAUGUUCAUUCCUUACACUGACCAGGUAGAGUUUGUUAGAUUCCUCUGUUUUUUAAUGAACACAUCAUAUAACAUUACUGUAGGGGAAUCAAAGAAAACCCAAGUGCUCUUGAUAAAGUAAAGUUCAUGUGUUUAUCUUGCAUCACAUUGUAUUACCUACAUUCUGUAAUGGGAGCAACUUGAAAAAAAGAAAUAAGAUGUCAUACUCUGCAAUGUUUCAAAACCUCAGUCAUGUCUUUAUUGAGUUUUAGCCCAGAAAUGUGCUCAUUUACGAGCACCUGUAUAUUAAUGCAAUUUAAACUAUUGUUUAUUACAUACUAUAUUUAUUUCAAUGUAUUUUUUUCUGUGUAUAGGACAAGUGCAUAUUGCUACAAUUGUUAAACUGUUGGAUGUACAAUGCAGAAUUUAUAAUAAAUAGGUGAAUUAAGAUUCUA